AUGCCGCCUACACUCAGAAGACAAGCUAAGCGCCAUCGCCAGUCCAGUGGACCCGUGCGGUCCAACACAACGCUUUCUCAAACGACAACGCUCCCGUAUGUUCCAGCAGUCAACUCGUCGCUGCUCAAUUUCGUCGAUGCUUCUAUUCUCAGUAAAUUGGAACUUCCCACGUUCGAUGGAAACAUCCUUGAGUACCCAGAAUUUUCGUCUCGGUUUGCCACGUUAGUCGGCAAUAAGGUUCAACUCGAUGACACGACAAAAUUUUCCUUGUUGAAAUCUUGUCUGCGAGGUCGUGCUCUUCACGCGAUACAAGGACUCUCCAUGACUCCUAACAACUACAAGAUCGCUAUGGACAUCCUCGCCACCCACUUCGACGACAAAGUGACUAUGAAACAUAUCCUCUACACGAAGUUGUCACAACUACCGAAUUGUGACCAGGAAGGUCGCAAUCUUCAAACUCUGUACAACCAAAUGUUUGCUCUAGUUAGGCAGUUUGCUGAAGACGGAAAUGACUCAAACGAGACCGGUUUAGGAGCAAUUCUGCUUAACAAACUUCCUGCCAGAGUACGUAGUCAGAUAUAUGACAAGACAAACAAUAGCCACAACCUCUCCCCGACCGAACUGCUACACUUGCUCACCGAUAUAGUCCGUAAAGAAGCCGCACUAUCAGAGAUUGAUUAUCACGCAUGCAUGAACCGUUAUCCUUCAAGUCAAGUCACGAGCUUCAAGUGGAGUUCCGGUCGAAGCCUCAGCACUUUUCAUAUUCAACACAGAAGAGAAAAGAAUGUUCCUUUUGUCGAAAUUCCGAUCACACCUCUCUCGUCUGCGACUCCUUCCCGACCCCGCGUGAUCGAACUCGUCGAUCAACAUGGUUCUAAGGACUGCACAUCCAAACAAUCCUGUAGAUUCUGCGCCAAGCGUCAUCACUCAUCGCUGUGUGUCCUAAAAUGCUCUAAUGUGUCUAAUCCAGGAAGAGAGACUCCGCAACCUGGCCACUCCUUCGCCCCUAACCCCUCCUCGUUCCGAACUCACGAGCAGUUUGUUAGUGUUUCACCAAAAGAAACGACAAACAACCCUCAUCAACAAGAGGACAAUAUCAUCCCAAUAGUUAGCAGUCCCUCCCAUCAGAAUCGAAUACAUACGCCAUCAGAAUCGAAACAUACGUUCACAAGCCACACUCAUACAACAGCUGUUACUGCAUUUUUCGACUCAGGUUCCACCCAGUCGUACAUCACAGACGAACUAGCACGAGUCCUCGACCUCCAGAAUAUGUUAUCCGAAGAGAUCUCUGUGUCAACAUUUGGCACUACGACUCCUCUCCGACUGAAAUCUCGAAAUCAACGCUUGGGAACCCGACCCCGAGUACCUGAUCGGUCGUUGGCAUCAAGACAGAGAAAGGAGAGAAGCACCUUCAAGUAA